AGAGUAGGAAAUGGCAGCGACUAUUUCGAUCGAGCAAGAACAGUUUUGUUGUUCAGUGUGCCUGGAGGUUUUAAGGGACCCGGUGACGAUCCCCUGUGGCCACAGCUACUGUUUGGACUGUAUCGAAGACUACUGGAACAGGGCCAAGCAGAAAGGCCAGUACAGCUGCCCGCAGUGCAGGCAGGUGUUUAACCCCAGACCUCUGCUCAGUAGAAACACAGUCCUCGGGGAAGUGUUGGAGAAGGUUCAGCGCUCUGGAUUUCAAGCUGCAACUCAAAACUUGGCCAAACCUGAAGAGGUGAAAUGCAGCGUUUGCACUGUGAGAAAAAGCAGAGCUGUUAAAUCCUGCCUUGUGUGCUCCGAGUCUUACUGCACGGCUCACUUGAGAGUCCACGAAGAACACUUUCAUGGGAAGGCCCAUAAACUGAUCCCUGCUGCAGAUCAGCUGCAGGAGAAGUUGUGUCCACAUCAUGAGAAAUCACUGAGGCUGUACUGUCGCACUGACCAGCAGUGUGUGUGUUCCCAGUGUGUGAAAGAGAGACACAAGGGCCAUGACGCAGUCUCAGUGGUCCAGGAGAGAGCAACACAACAGAAAAAACUACAGGAAACCUCUUUGAAGUCUCUGCAGAAAUUGAAGGACACUGAGAAGGAACUCAGAUAUGUGGUCAGAUACAUCAAGCACUCCACAGAAGCAGUCGUGGAGGAGAGUGAGAGGGUUUUUUCCAAGCUGAUCCGCGCCAUCGAGAAACAAAGCAGUGAUGUGAAGGAGGUGAUGAGAGUCCAGGAGAGAGCAGCUGUCAGUCAGGCGGAGGAGCUGCUGGAGAAGGUGCAAAGGGAGAUAGUGGAGCUCAGGAGGGCCGAUGCUGAGCUGGAGAAGAUCGCUCACACUGAGGAUCACGUCCACUUCCUUCAGAAGUGCAAGUCUCUUCACUUUCCUACGAAGAGUGUGGAGAUGCCCAGCACUGACACACUUCAAUAUACGAUGUAUAAAACAUUGAGAGGAGCACUGGCUGAUCUCAAAGACAGUCUGGAUGAAACACUUGAAAGAGAAUUCAGCAGGAUCUCUGAUAAAGUAAUUUCACUGAAGGAAGCCAGCAAUCAAAGUACCUCUGAGAAGACUAAAGACUUUGGGAACCACAAGUAA